GGGAUGCCCGGAGGAGGGACAGUGUCGGAGCCCCAGGCUGCCCACAGUGCCCCGGAGAAGCCGGCCAGCACCGCGAUCCUGUGCAACACCUGCGGGAACGUGUGCAGGGGGGAGGUGCUGCGGGUGCAGAGCAAGUAUUUCCACAUCCAGUGCUUCGUCUGCAAAGAAUGCGGCUGUGACCUGGCCGAGGGCGGCUUCUUCGUGCGGCAGGGCGAGUACAUCUGCACCCAGGACUACCAGAGACUGUACGGGACCCGCUGCUUUAGCUGCGACCAGUUCAUCGAGGGUGAGGUGGUGUCGGCGCUGGGCAAGACCUACCACCCCAGCUGCUUCGUGUGUGCCGUCUGCCGGUUGCCCUUCCCGCCCGGGGACCGAGUGACCUUCAACGGCAAGGAAUGCAUGUGCCAGAAGUGCUCCCUGCCCACAUCAGCGGGCAGCAGCGUGCCCCUGUCCCAGGGCCUCUGGAGUUGCAAGGGCUGCGGAGUGGAGAUCAAAAACGGCCAGUCCCUGGUGGCCCUGGAGAAACACUGGCAUCUGGGCUGUUUCAAGUGCAAGACGUGCGGGAAACAACUGAACGCGGAGUAUAUCAGCAAGGAUGGGCUGCCCUACUGUGAGGCCGACUAUCACACCAAAUUCGGGAUCCGCUGCGAUGGCUGUGACAAGUACAUCACGGGGCACGUGCUGGAGGCGGGCGAGAAGCACUUCCACCCUCUGUGUGCGCUAUGUGUCGGGUGCGGCCGGAUGUUCGCGGAAGGCGAGGAGAUGUAUCUGCAAGGCUCCUCCAUCUGGCACCCGGCGUGUCGACAGGCAGCCAGAACUGAAGACAAAAGCAAGGAAACCAGAGCCUCUUCAGAGAGCAUCAUUUCCGUCCCUGCUUCCAGCACCUCAGGGUCUCCGAGCCGCGUGAUUUAUGCCAAGCUGGGUGAUGAGAUCCUUGACUACAGAGACCUGGCCGCUCUCCCUAAAAACAAGGCCAUCUACAGCAUCGACCGCCCCGACAUGAUCUCCUACUCCCCCUUCAUCAGCCACUCGGUGGGGGACAGGCAGAGCUGCAGCGAGGGGUAUCAGGAUGACCGCUCCUACAAGCAGUGCCGGACCUCCAGCCCGAGCUCCACCGGGUCGGUCAGCCUCGGCCGUUACACUCCGACCUUGCGGUCGCCCCAGCACUACAGCCGUCCAGCUGGUACUGUGAGUGUUGGUACCAGUAGCUGCCUGUCCCUGUCCCAACACCCAAGCCCUACAUCCGUGUUCAGACAUCAUUACAUCCCCUACUUCCGAGGCAGUGAAAGUGGCCGGAGCACCUCCAGCCUCUCCGUGCUCUCAGACAGCAAGCCUCCCCCCUCCACCUACCAGCAGGCUCCUCGCCACUUCCAUGUCCCAGACACUGGCGUCAAAGAUAACAUCUAUAGGAAACCCCCCAUCUACAAGCAGCAUGCCGGGCGGCGAUCAGAUGGGGAGGACGGAAGUUUCGACCCGGAUAACAGGAAGCAGAAGACCCACUGGCUGCUUCUCAAGGGGGACGGAGACACUAGGACCAACUCUCCAGACCUAGACAGCCAGUCUUUGGCCCACAGUAGCGGGACUGAUAGAGGCCCUCUCCAAACGAUGCCAGGGGACAACAUUUACUCACGGUUCCCCUAUUCCAAGUCUGACCCUGUCCCAGGACAUGGCAAGAAUGGCUUGGACCACCGGAAUGCCAAUCUGGCCCCUUGUGGAGCAGACCUGGAUGCCAGCUGGGGCACGCGAGAAUACAAGAUCUAUCCUUAUGACGCCCUCAUCGUCACAAACCGAAUCCGCGUGAAGCUGCCCAAAGACGUGGACCGGACGAGACUGGAGAGACACUUGUCGCCCGAGGAGUUCCAGGAAGUGUUUGGGAUGAGCAUGGAAGAGUUUGACCGCCUGGCCCUCUGGAAGAGGAACGACCUCAAAAAGAAAGCCCUGCUGUUUUGA